AUGACCAAGCUAGAACAAAAUGAGAAGCUAGUGAUCGGACAACAUUCGCAACGAAAAGAAGCAGCCAUGACUCUUUUAUCUGAAAUUUACAAGACUCAGAAUUUUACGGUUGAGGCUCAAACAAGGGAAGCACAGUUGAAGGGACAAAUCUCUAAGUUGCAGGUUGAAGUGUAUAGCAAAGAAAAAGAAAUCAAAGAGUGUGAAAUCAAACUGUUGUCUCUUCAGCGGCAAAAGAAAAAGAGCGUUUCUGAUACCAUCGGAUUCAUAGAAGAGUUGGAAGCAAUGAAGAAAAAAAGGUCUCACAUGGUGGAUGACCAAAUAAAAGCAAGGCAUCAACUAGAGAAUGCCAAGCGAAAGGAAGCCUGGUUGACUGGCAAGCUGCGGAAAUUUGAGGUACCAAAAUCCCCAGCAGAAACAUAUGAUCCAGAAAUUCUGACAGAGGAAGAGAUACAUUACCUGAAGCGUACUGGUGAGAAAAAGAAAAACUAUGUUCCAGUCGGGAGACGAGGAGUGUUUGGCGGGGUAGUUCUGAACAUGCAUCUUCACUGGAAGAGGCAUUGGACAGUUAAGAUGGAUAUCUGUACCGGUGUUGCAACAACAAUCAUCCCAGACUUGCUACGUAAAACAUGGGAGGAACUUCAGUAUCAACGUAAACACAAGAGUUUUGUUCAAGACUUCAAAAGGGAGCAAGAAGAGUUGUUAGCUAUAGUGAAAAGUCAAGACACUAAACCAGCCAAAUGCUUUGGCUUGUGUACAAAUUGCUGCUCACAAAUUGCACAAGCCAAGGAGUUGGAAAACUUGAUGAAAGAGCGGAUACCAAAAAUGAUCACUGAAUUUAAAGAAUUUCCUAAACAAGUAGCACGUGCUGCUAGAGUGCCAGGCAUGGAAUUCCAUUCACAAGAGUUCAUGCCCUUUGAGAGUAGAAAAGAACAGUUUGAGGAACUCAGAAAGAAAUUAGAAUAUGAGAAUAACUGCAUGAUAGGAUUGCAAGGACUAGGAGGAACAGGGAAGUCCACAAUGGCAAUAGAAGUUGGGAAACAAGUCGAAAAAUCAAAACUCUUUGAUAAAGUCAUCUUCACUAAUGUGUCUACCCCUGUGGAUGAAAAAAGGAUUCGAGAUGAUAUUGCAAAGAAAUUAGAGUUGCAAUUAGAGGAAGAGAUGCCAAUGAGUCUUGCGCAACAAAUAUGGACCAGGAUUGCUCAUGUUGGAAAGGUGCUCAUAAUACUUGAUGACGUAUGGGAAGAACUCGAUCUUAAGAACAUGGGGAUUCAACCUGGCUUUCAUAUCAAGGGUUAUUGUUGUGUUCUGCUAACUACACGUUCUUUGACUGUUUGCAACAAAAUGGGAUGCCAAAAGACAAUUCAAUUAGAUGUCUUGCCUAUAGAUGAUGCAUUGAAUCUUUUCUUAUCUCAUACUACUGCAAGGGGAAAUGAUUGUCCUGGUGAUUUGAAAAAGUUGGCACAAGAUAUUGUGAAUGAGUGUGGAGGAUUGCCCAUUAUGAUUGUAGCAGUGGCAAAGGCCUUAAAAAGCUUGUCUCUACAAGAAUGGCAGUCAGCUUUGACUGCAUUGAAAAACCCCAUGCCUUCAAGGCAUGGUAUUGUUGAUGAGGAUAAAAGAAAGAUUUAUAAUUCUUUGAAACUUAGCUAUGAUCAUCUAAAAGGUAAAGAAGCCAAAAUUCUCUUCCUGUUGUGUUCUAUCUUCCCAAAAGCUUAUGAAAUACCCCUAGAGCUUUUAAGCAGAAUUGCUAUAGGUUUAGGGCUUUUUGAAGAAGGCGACCAAUACUACGUAGCAAGAAGUUAUGCUAAUGAGAUUGAAAAUGCACUCAUAAAUUCUUCUUUAUUGUUAAAGGUUGGUGAAGUAUAUGUAAGGAUGCAUGAUGUCAUCCGUGAAAUGGCCUUGGAAAAGAUAGAAAAUGAAAAAAUUCAAGUGAUCAUGGAUUCUAAGACAAAAUUGAAGGAGAAUGUGAUGUACUCAUCUUGGAUCAUAAGCAGCUUUCCCAAUUGUUCUGAUGAUAGCAAAGUCGAGGUUCUCUUUAUAUGGAUCAAUGCCAAUGGUUCUUUGGAAGUUCCAAAUACAGUCUUUGGAGGGAUGAAGAGUCUUAGAGUUCUACUUUUGAAUUCAAAAAUUGAGUUUGGUAGAACUUCAGCUCAAUCGUUACCAAAAUCAAUUCAAUCGCUAAAGCAUAUCCGAACACUAUCUCUCACAAAUUUGGAGUUGGAUGACAUAUCAGUGUUGAUGAGAAACUUAGAAAAGCUUGAGUCUCUGGAAUUGACUAAUUGUUCAAUUAUUGAAUUGCCAUAUGGAAUUAGUAAGCUAGAUAAGUUGAGAUUUCUAAGCUUGAUACGUUGUUUGCUCAAAAAGAACAAUCCAUUUGAAGUGAUUGCAAGAUGCUUGCACUUGGAAGAAUUGUAUUAUGUUUCAAAUAAGGAUCGUAUCCCUAUUGUUGCAGAGGUUCCUCAAAUUACAGAUCGUCCUAAUUAUCAAACAUUCCAUAUAGAUGGCAGCUACUUCUCUGCGUUUGAUUCUUCUCAGCUGGAUGCUUCAAUAAAAAAAUGUUUCAAGCCAGCCAGGUUGCAAACAAUGUUCUCCAAUGAAGUUAUUAAAUCUUUGACGGCAAGAGCAGAGAUUCUGGAUCUAAGAGAAGAUGAUAAAACAGGCUGGAGCAAUCUUAUUCCUGAUAUUGUUUCAAUUGAAGAUGAUGGAGCCAUGAAAGACUUAAUCAAGCUUUCUUUGAAGAGAUGGUCUAAGAUGAAGUGUUUGAUCUAUACAAAGAAUCUUCAACUUAAAUCAGGAGUGACCAUCUUCUCCAAGUUAAUUGAACUGCAACUUGAUGGAGUGGAUGUGACAGAAAUAUGUUGUGGUCAGUAUCCUGACAGUUUUCUCAAGCAACUGGAGAAGCUGGAGCUAAUUGGAUGUGAGAAGUUGGAAGGCACAUUAUUUAAAGGGAAGCUAGAUUUGGGUAACCUUAAGUUCAUAGAAAUAAAGCAUUGUUCAAUGACUUGUUUUUUUCAUCCAUCCACUGCUCAAAGUCUAGAGAAUCUAGAGACGUUGAAGAUAGCUGUAUGUUCUAAGCUGAAAUACAUAAUAAGCGAUGAGGGAUCGUCAACAGCAAAAGAAGUGGAUGAUAAGGAACCUAAUCCAAUAAGGAGUCAUGACUCAAUGUUCCCAAAAUUGAAACUACUCAAUGUUGAUAGUUGUGACGAAUUGGAAUUCAUUUUGCCAACUUGUUUUUGCGAAGAUCUUCCUCUAUUGGAAGGUGUGGAGAUUUCUCAAUGUGAGAAGCUGAAAUAUAUGUUUGGGCAAUAUUCAAAAGAGGGAGGUUUGCAUCAAAUGCAAAAAGAAAACGCACUCCCUAGUUUGAAAGUAAUGUCUAUUGAAGAAGUUCCAUCAUUUGUCAACAUAUAUCAAGAAUGUUAUCUCCCAGAAAAAUCCGUAGCAAAUACGAGUGAGGGGUCAAAGCACAAAGACAAGAGUCCAAGUAGCAAUGUUUCUUGGGGUCCUUUAUGUUGUUUUCUGCCAAAAUCAGAAACUGCAAACAAUGAUGAGUCAUGUAUUUCCACAACUCAGCUGAACCAUACUACUUCACAGAAUAAAUAUGUUGGCAAUAGAGCUCAUGGAAUUUUUACACCACCGUUAUACCCGUGCUAUUUGAGAGAGGUGAAUAUUGGAGGCAUUUCAAACUUAAGGUUACUAUUUUCUGUAUCCGUUGCCUCAUCAAUGUCACUGCUAGAAAAAUUGACAGUCUGGAGGUGUGAUGAACUGGAGCAUAUAGUAAUGGAGGAGGUAGAUGGUCAUGAUCAUAUGAAUGGUCCAAUUUUCUUUCCCAACUUACGCACCAUUGAAAUAGAUUCAUGUGACAAGUUGGAAUCUCUAUUUCCAGCUUCAUGUUGUACAAAGCUUGUGCACUUGGAAUAUGUGGAUAUCCAGGGGGCUAGAGAGUUGGAAUAUGUGUUUGGAAAAUCUUGUGGUGAUGAUAAGUCACGUCAACAGAAUCAGAAUUGUGAGAUUCAUCUCCCAGCUCUCAAGAAACUAAGCCUUAAAAGAGUACCAAAUAUGGUGAGUAUGUGCCCUGAAAAAUAUUAUGUGGAAGCAUCAUCUCUAGAAGCUGUCGAUUUGGGUGAAUGUCCGCAACUUCCUAUAAACUCUUUUAUAGAUGUAUCAGUGGAGGGGCAUGAAGGACAAGAACAAGUCUCGAGAAAAAAGGUAAUCGGGGUGCGCUUGUGCAAUUUGAAACAUCUUUCUUUGGCAUCCUUGGACAUCGUGGAAACGAUUUACGAUCUUGAAAGACUUCAGAUUCCAAAUCCAGUGAAUUCAAGCUUGAAAACCCUCAAUUUGGAAGACUUGGAUGGGUUAAGAAACAUAUGUGUGGGACCAAAAAAUCUUCAACUAAGCUUUCAAAAUCUUUUUAAGCUAAUAAUAUAUGGAUGCGAUCAACUGAAAUUUGUCUUGCCGGCGUCUAUCUCAAGAAGCUUGCCAUGUUUGAGACAUCUAGAGGUAUCAAAUUGUGAACAGCUAGAGCGCUUCAUUGUGGAUGAUGAUGAUGAAGAAUGUUGUUUCCCAAAUCUCCAUAGGAUUAUGGUGGAAGACUGUAAGAGGCUGAAAUGCCUAUUCUCUAUCUCCACACGUGGCAGCUUUCCACAGCUCUCGUUGCUGUUUAUAUCAGAUACCCCAGAGAUGGAGCAAGUAUUUGGAGGGAAGCAGGGCGCAACACAAGAGUUGCACAUCAAGGCUGUGUUCCCAAAGCUAUUUGUGAUAGAUCUUCGCGAUCUACCAAAACUUCAUACCAUCUGCCCUGCAAUUGAUUUCCAGACCGUGAUAUUCCGUCAAGUAGAAGAUUGUCCCAAGCUCUCUUUAACUUCAACUGAUAAUGCUGACUUCAUUGGUGGCUAUUUGAAGUGGUUAGAGGAAUCUGAGAGUAAGAAGGGCAACAUGGAUGACGAUGAUCUUUUUGAACAGCUUCUUAAUAGGACAAGAGAAGUAGCAGAGAAGGCUAUAAAGGGAGAUCGACCAGCAGCACAACAAAACAAUGGUUCGUCAAAUAUUGAGGAAAUAACAGAGGGAAGUGUUGAAGAGCGUCCAAAACCAGAGGAGGCUGCAGAAGCUAAUGAAGUGAAGGAUUCAGAACAAACCAGCAACAAACCUGCUCCUCCACAAGAAACAUUGAAGUCAACCUCUCAGGAUGGCUUUAAACCAGAUGAAGCUCCCAGAACAAAUGAAAUCAUGAGUCCACAUGAUAAUAAGAAUCGCAUUUUGGGUGAGGGCAAGAGAAUCACACAUGAUGCACUACAAAAAACAGAACGUAUUAUACAUCUUCGUGAUUCACAAAAGAUGAAGGAAAUAACUGAGGCAAGUGAAGAAAGUCCAAAAUCAGAGGAAGCUACGAAAGCUGAUGAAGUGAAGGAUACAGAACAAACCAACAAACCUGCACCAUUUUCUGCUCCUUCACAAAUUGAAUCUCCACAAGAAACAUUGAAGUCAACCUGUCAAGAAGGUUCUAAAUCAGAUGAAGCUCUCAGAACAAAUCAAAUCAUGAGUCCAGAAUCAAGCAAGCCAUCACCAACAACAUUGGUUGGUCCUUCAGAAAAUGAGCAUCCACAUGACAAUAUGGAUCACAUUGAGGGCGAGGGCAAGAGAAUCACACUUGAUCAACAAGAACUGCCAAACACAGAACCUGAUAUGCUUCUUGCUGAUUCACAAAAGAAUACUGAAGCAAGUGUUGGAGAAACAUCAAAUAAAGUUGCAAUGUCAACUCGAUCAAUUACUACUACUGAAACGACCUCUCCACUGGAUGAAAAUAAGGUUAUUCAAGCAGAGACUUGCAUGCCUCAUGUAUCUAAACAGCUUGAGGAUGAUGAUCUAAUGAUAUUAUUGCAAAUAAUGGAGGAAGGUGCUGAGAUGGAAGUUCACAUGCCUUAUGCAUCUAAAAUUACCCAUCAUGAAGAUGAUAGCGAGGUAACGAAGGCUCUUGCUGACUUAGAGGCCUCAAUGAAGUUGGGUCUGAAUGAAAUAGCUAGCUCUGAAGAAAGCAAACUUUUCCUUGAAAACGCUCUCAACACCUUGUCCUCUCAUUGUUCUGAUGAUGGCCUUAAAGCUAUAAUACACUCUUUACAACAAGAAAUCCAAACUGUUCUAUCUUCCUUCAAGCUUGAACAAAAACAGAAGCUGAUGUCUGAACAACGUUUGCAAAGAAAAAGAGCAGGCAUGACUCUUUUAUCUGAAAUUCAAAAGACUCGGAAUUCUAUGAUUGAGACUCAAAAAAAGGCAGCCGAGUUGAAGGAGCAAAUCUUUAAGUUGCAGACUGAACUAGAUAGCAAAGAAAAUGAAAUCCAUGAGUGUGACAACAAAUUGUUGUCUCUUGAAAAGCAAAAGAAGGAGAGUGUUUCUGACACCAUUGAAUUCAUAAAGGAGUCGGAAGCAGUGAAAAAAGAGAUGUCUCAGCUGGAGAAUGUGGAUUCUAAGUGGUCUUCUUGUGUAGCCAAUUUGAAAAAAACCUCGUUGCUGUUAGGAGUCCAUCUUAAUCAGAAGCUUUGA